AUGGCACAAUAUGUUGCCAAUGCGCUGGGCAAUCCCCUGGCAACUAUUAGCUCCAUUGGUGGCACGACUGCAGCCGGCUCUGGCUGGCCCGUAAAGCAUGCGGCCGUGCUUGAAGGUGAUGUCAUUCUGGGCGGCCUGAUGAUGGUACAUUCGCGAGAGGACAGCAUCACCUGCGGCCCCAUCAUGCCCCAAGGCGGCAUACAAGCCCUCGAAGCCAUGCUCUACACUCUCGAUCAGGUGAACAAGCAACAGCUAUUGCCAAACAUUACGUUGGGCGCUCAUUUGCUCGACGAUUGUGAUAAGGACACAUAUGGCCUGGAAAUGGCUGUGGAUUUCAUUAAAGAGCCGUGUCUAGCCCAGUUAACAAUUGGCCGCCAGUUCCUUCUUGUGCAAAUUUGUUUUGUGUUUGUUAUCCUGCCAACGUGGCACGAGUCGCGAGUUGUCGCCGCCGCCGGCCAAAGCGAGCAGAAUGCGGUGAUUGGUGACAUAAAUGAGAAGUGGGCGGCUGAUGAAGUGCAGCUGUCGGCGGAUGCAGCUGCUGCCCAUGAUUACGAAAGCUAUCAUCGACACGAUGAGAUGGGAAUGUACACAACAAGGCACACGACGCCGGCAACAACGACAGCAUCAGCGUCCGCGUCAGUGUCAGUGUCAGACACAAUGCUGCACCAACACCAGCACUCACAACAGCGACAUGAGAGAGAUCCGGAGGAGCUGCAGCUGGGGCAGAAAAAGUGGCACACCAGGCGCAGCCACUACGAGGCGUUGCAGUUGGAGCAACAACAACAACAACUGGGCAAACAACACUGGCAACAGACAAAGUUUCACCAGCAGUCCAAGCAGGGAGAGUCCAAGUGGGAGCCCUGGCCUUUGCCGGAAUUUGUCAGCGAUGGUGUGAACACUGACGAACAACAACAACAGCAGCAACAACAACACCCGGCGUUUCUAGCUCAUCCGGACCAGGAGGACGAUGAAAGCUUCUACAACGAACACUUUGAUCUGGAACAGUACCAGCGUUAUGCGAACAUUGACAUUUUGAAUGCCGCCUCGCCACGCUCGGGUCGCCACCGUGGCCGCCAUGUCCCGCCAAACAAUCACAAUCUCCUGUUGCCGUUGCUGGCAGGCAGCACUUCAUCCGAUGUCGGGGGCGGUGGCGGUGGCAAGUAUCUGCGCUCCCUGCCCGACUCUGUGGACUUCCUGCACGACCGCCUAUAUGCCAUGCAGCCGGCGCAGCGGCAUUGGCCGGUGAAGAGGGAGGCGAUUGUCGAGGGCGAUCUUAUCCUGGGCGGCCUGAUGAUGGUCCACUCACGUGAGGACAGCAUUACAUGCGGACCCAUUAUGCCCCAAGGUGGUAUCCAGGCACUAGAGGCCAUGCUCUACACCAUCGAUCGUAUUAAUGAGGCGAGACUGUUGCCGAACAUAACGCUGGGCGCUCACAUACUCGACGACUGUGACAAGGACUCGUACGGGUUGGAAAUGGCCGUGGACUUCAUUAAAGGAUCGAUAAGCAACAUCGACGAUGCCGAAUACCACUGCAAUAAGACCCAGGUGCGCAAAGUUAUAUCCGGUGUGGUGGGCGCUGCUUCAUCUGUAACAUCCAUACAAGUGGCAAAUCUUUUGAGACUAUUUCGCAUACCGCAGGUGUCCUACUUCUCCACCAGUCCUGAACUGAGCAACAAGCAGCGCUUCGAGUACUUCUCGCGCACCAUACCCUCGGACCACUAUCAGGUGAAAGCUAUGGUGGAGAUUGUGAAGCGCAUGGGCUGGAGCUAUGUCUCCAUUAUCUACGAGGAGAGCAACUAUGGCAUCAAGGCUUUCGAGGAGCUGGAGGACCUGCUGGCGCGCCAUAAUAUUUGUAUUGCCAUCAAGGAGAAGCUUGUCAAGGACUCGGGAGUGGCUGAGGAAAUUGCAUACGAUAAUAUCGUGCAAAAGUUGCUGACGAAACCGCGUGCUCGAGGCGCCAUUAUUUUUGGUUCCGAUCAGGAAGUCCGUGAAGUGAUGCGCGCCGUGCGACGCGCGAAUGCAACAGGCGCCUUCUCUUGGAUCGGCUCGGAUGGCUGGAGUGCGCGCAAUCUCGUCUCGGAUGGCAAUGAACCGGAGGUGGAGGGCACGUUAUCUGUCCAGCCCCAGGCGAAUCCCGUGCGCGGCUUCGAGGAAUAUUUCCUCAACUUAACGGUGGAGAAUAAUCAGCGUAAUCCCUGGUUUGUGGAGUUUUGGGAGGACCACUUCCAAUGCCGCUAUCCAGGGAGCGCAAGCACUCCUUACAACAACUACACACGCACCUGCACAACCAAAGAGCGCCUGUCUCGGCAGAACACCGACUUCGAGGAUCAGUUACAGUUCGUUAGCGAUGCGGUCAUGGCCUUUGCUUAUGCGCUCCGGGAUAUGCAUCACGAUUUGUGCGGUGGCCUGCCCUCUCUCUGUGACGCCAUGAAACCCACCAAAGGCGCUGAUUUGCUCAAAUAUUUGCGUAAAGUCGAGUUUGAGGGGCUCAGUGGUGAUCAUUUUCGCUUUGACGGCAACGGCGACGGACCCGCAAGGUACAACAUCAUUCACUUCAAACAAUCUCUGGCCGGACAAUACCACUGGGUGAAGGUUGGCGAGUACUACGAGGGCGAGUUGCGGCUGAAUAUGUCGGAGGUAAAAUUCAAGCUGCUGCAUCCCAAGCCACCGGAAUCCGUUUGCAGUCUGCCCUGCGAGGUCGGCCAGGCCAAGAAGUAUGUGGAAGGCGAAAGCUGCUGUUGGCACUGUUUCAAUUGUACAACUUAUCAGAUACGCCACCCGGUCGAUGAGACCCACUGCCUCGUCUGCCAGCUGGGCACUUUGCCAGACGCCUACAAACAGUACUGUGUGCCCAUACCGGAGGUGUACCUGCGCCCAGAAUCUGCCUGGGCGAUCGGCGCUAUGGCAUUCAGUGCAACAGGCAUAUUGAUUACGCUCUUUGUGGUGGGCGUGUUCAUCAGACACAACGACACACCCAUAGUGCGUGCAUCGGGACGUGAGCUAAGUUAUAUCCUCUUGGCUGGCAUUUUUAUGUGCUACGCCGUGACCUUUGCCCUCGUGCUCAAGCCAAGCAACAUUGUCUGUGCCAUACAACGCUUUAGCGUCGGCUUUUGCUUCACGGUUGUCUAUGCGGCCCUGCUGACGAAAACGAAUCGCAUUGCACGCAUCUUCAAGGCUGGCAAGCAGUCCGCCAAACGGCCCUCAUUCAUUAGCCCCAAAUCACAGUUGGUCAUUUGUACGUGCCUGAUCAGCGUGCAGAUACUCAUCAAUGGUGUUUGGAUGGUGAUUGCGCCAUCACAUGCCAUGCAUCAUCAUCCUACACGCGAGGAUAAUUUGCUCGUAUGCGACUCCUACAUAGAUGCCUCCUACAUGAUUGCGUUCUUCUAUCCCAUUGUCCUUAUUGUAAUAUGUACAGUCUACGCAGUACUUACGCGGAAAAUACCCGAAGCCUUUAAUGAGUCGAAGCACAUCGGGUUCACCAUGUACACCACCUGCGUUAUCUGGCUGGCCUUCGUGCCACUAUACUUUGGAACUGCGAAUCAUGUGCCGUUGCGUAUAACGAGCAUGUCGGUGACCAUCAGUUUGUCUGCCAGUGUGACCAUCGCGUGUCUGUUUUCGCCAAAGCUCUACAUAAUACUCAUACGCCCCGAGCGCAAUGUGCGCCAGAGCAUGAUGCCUCCGCGCUAUGGAAAUAUGCAUCGCACGGCCGGUACCGGGCCCUCAUCCAUGAUGGCAGCUGCGGUGGUGACAGCCGCCACUUGCGCGCAGGAGGAGAAAAUACAAAAGCAUAUCACUCCAACAAAUACAGAGCACUCAUUGAAAACAAAAAAGCUGUGCGAAAUGGCCACACAAACGAUCACAAUAUCGAGCAUUUUCACGUCGCUUGACAGCAACGCCUAUAAUCAAAUACCCUACGCGGAUCAAUAUGUGCCAAACAACACGACAACUGGCACGCCCACGGCCACGGCCACGGCCACCAAUGGCCAAAGUGUGGCCGCUGAUGCGGACCAGCAGGUGGUGGCCAACAACAACAAAAUCAAUCAGCAGCAACAUGGCCAGCCAGCAGCAACAGUUGCUGUCGGCCCAGGCUCGACAGCUAGCAAUCAUAUAGCCAGCGGCAAUCCCAAUGCGACAGUAGCAGCGGCAGCAGCAACAACAGCCGCAGCAACAACGGCCACAGUUUGUCCUUCAGAUGCAGUGCCAACUGUGGCAGCACCUGCACCUCCCUCCGACUUAAAUGGAAGCCAGCGGGCGCCCGUGCUGCAAACGAAUUUAUAGCU